AUGCUUGUGGAAAUGUGGAAAGAAUGCAACAAAAUAGAGUUAAUUCCUAAUAUUGAAAAAAUUCGAUCAUUCAUUGUGGAAAAGUUGAAAGAUUUCGACAACGAGGAUACGAGAUUGUUUGAAAUAGAAUUGGCUUGCAGAGAAGGAACUUCGAAAUUUGAUGCAUUCGAAUCGGCAAUAGCCAAAACACCAACCGAAAAGAUGCAUCGUCUCUACUUGCAAUGGCUUCGUGAGUCAUCAGCAAAAGACGCGUUCUCCGAUAUGAAGAUUCGGCUUUUGCUGCGUAAGAUUUGUGAAGGUGGAUGGAUGAAAGAUAAGGAUUGGUUAGAUCUUGGAAAGUAUAUGCAAGAAGCUGAAGACGAGUAUGAUGAUCAAUUUGUUGAGAAGUGUCUUGAGCAAAGGCCUAAGUGUGCUACACUGUGGCAAGUUUAUCUUGAAAGGCGAUUAAAGGACAAAGUUGUUACCGACAAAUUCAGAGAUCUGUGCAAUCAAGCUUUGGAACAGAUUAAACCAGAAGAAGGCUUUCCUAUUUGGGAACUAGCUAUAGAUCACACUAUCAUAAAUGCGCCGGAUGAAGUAGAGCAGGUUUGUUCAUAA